AUGUCUACCGCACGCGAGCGUCUUGCACUAGAAUUUCCGGACGAGAGUCCGUACAACGAAGAACUCUGGGAUUUCGAGAUAUUUUGGCGCGACCAUUACGACUGGCUCAAGGAUCGAGGAUAUCUCCUUCGUCCACGCUACCGUCCGGGUUGGGUAGCAUCCUGGAUUGGAACCACGAAGGAAGCACCUAGGUGUGAAGAUAAUCUGGUUCAGCCACUCUUUCCAUUAAAUCUUGACGCUAUUCGCGUUGCAGAUGGAAAACCUGUUAUGCUCAGACGCGCGGACCCUCCAUCAAUUUCGAACGAACUUGAAAUUGGACGUUUACUAUCAUCUAGAGAGUCACUAUCUGACCAUUGA